CUGUAGGUUACGAAAAUAAACAUGGGUUCACCCUUGCAUAUCUCUGGUAGUGCCUCUACACGCUAUUACCCAAAUGCAUCAUCUACCGAGCUCAAGGCGCUUUGUUCAAUCGCCGAAUCGUUCCCGCACCCCCAGCGAGCAAUCAUGAGUAGCUUUAUUCAACGCGCUACCGAUCAAGACAUCGCAUCACAAUACUUUCUCGCGCAAGUCUCUGCGCAGGACCCCGUUACUGUCUUCAAUCGCUGGAUCAGUAUUCUCAGAGAAACACGCCCAAUUCUAUGCUCAGAUUCGGAUUUACCAUUUCUUCGACACGUUCAGCUGAGAGACGCGGCUCGUUGUUGUAUUUCGAAUGCUCAGGACGAAGAGGGACACGACAGCAAGCUUCUACUGGUCUACAUCCUCUCCCCGCAAUUUUUAUUGAACAUCGACGUUGUCGAAAAUCGACCUCUCCGCGAAAUGCUCAUAGCCUUUAUUGGGGAGGCCAACGUACAGAAACUGUGCACGCUCGUCGGUCAGACAAAUAUUAACUCCAAAUCCAGCCAAGUGCUACUACUGUCGCCACAAAUGUUUGACCAUUUCAGACAUGGCAGGGUUUCUCUACAAAGCGGAUUAUUAUCAGACUUGGAGGGCCAGGUUCGAUACUUAAUAUCAUGCAACAUUCGCAUUCCUGGGCUUCCAGUUGAUACGGAGUCGUCCGCGGACUUCAUGAAUCAUAAUCCCAACGUUACUUCUCUUCCAGAUCCAGAUCUUCUUGAGACUCAUCAUCGGUUUGCGGAUGCUCUAGCAUGGUUGGACGCAUCUGAAUAUAUGGCAGAGAAAAUCCAUCUACCAAAGGCAUCAGAAUCACAAACGGCAAGGUCGUCUAAGCAGCUUUUCCCAAUCUCUACGUGGCUCUGUUCGUCUAUGAAUCGAUUAUUCCACCGAUUGUGGGUCUCCCUUCCCGGUGUCGUUCGCGCAUUUACCUACAAAUGUCUCGCAUCAAUCGGAUCUAUGCUCUACGGUCACACUGGGUCUGAUCGCACGUAUCGACUUCCCUUCAACCUCUACCUGCGAGUAGGACAAAUGAACUGGGCUUCGAAGCAUCAGGCAGAAAUGCGAUCACUUCAGCUUGUUGAAAAGUAUACUGAGAUCCCUGCACCAAGGGGAAUUGACGUUGUUCACUAUGGCGCGUCAUCAUUUCUGCUUAUGUCUCGGUGCCCUGGACAGAGAAUCGGUCUAAUGUUCUCUACAAUGACGGAUGAGAAUGUACACUCCGUUGAGGAAGAACUGCGACGAUACAUAAGCCAGCUACGACGUAUCCCAAACCAAACAAGGUCAAAAUAUCAGAUAUGCAAUGCACUUGGGGGCGGAAUCCAAGACUGGCGGAUUGGUGACUCUCAGCGGGAAGAGCUAAAGUUUCUGGAUGAACCCGAAUUCAACAGAUACUUAACCCAUGAUCUACCGCCACUUACUGAGAAUGACCUAUCUACGAUUUCCAAAGCACAUAACAAAAGUCAUAGUAUUUUUUUUACCCACGCGGAUCUCAACCUUCUGAAUGUUCUUGUCGACGACAAUGGGAGAAUCUCAGGCAUAGUUGACUGGGAGUGUGCCGGCUGGUAUCCGGAAUAUUGGGAAUACACAAAGGCACAUUUCACAGUGCGUUACACCAUUCGGUGGAUCGCUGAUGUUAUUGACCGAUUAUUCCCCAACUAUCAAGACGAGCUUCAAGCGGAGAAUCUGUUGACAAGCUUGACACCCCCAUGGUAGCCUCUGCUAGUGACUAUCUGACCUCUACAUCUUGAAUGAUGUCGAGCCAUCUCAAGUUAUAUAUAUAUUUGAAUGGCGAGAGCAUUGCAGAAUUCUAGCGUUGCGAUUCACUGUGGGUAUUUCGUAAUACUGUUAUAAUGGGAGCGUCCUCUUGACGUACGACUCGAUACCAAAAAAAUAUGCAUAGGGAAGCUGGCAGAAGGCGAGGAAACGGAUUGGAAACUUGUGAAGAAUAGGACAAAAUGUAAUUUAUUGGGUAUUGCUGACGCAGCAUUCGAAUAGUGGCAUAAGCGAUGCUCUGUUUUGCAACACAUUGUUUCCAAGCAUUUGUCACUUGCUAGGUUUAUUAUGACUCACAUAGAAUGCCCCUGAGAAAUGUAGAGAGAUAAGGAAAGUUUUGUACUGAUGUACAAAGUGUGGUACACGAAUCUUGAUAUGAUUCGUCCAAGAGGUCACAGCCUCCCUGACAGAGAGCUUGCAAUCUUUGU